CUCGGGCCUUAUUCUCGUCCUCGCAGACAAGCGGCAUGAUCUUUUUCCUCCACUACCCUCUUCUCUAGCUGUACGCAUAAACUUGCAAUCUCUGCACCCGCUACAACUACUCUUGCAUUCUUUUGAUCGAGGUUGUCGCUUUCGAAUCUGGACUCUUUGCAUCCGCCACCUCGACCCCUCGCUCCCCGACCGACCAAGCCUUACGAGUUUCGCUUGCUCCAAUCCCGCACGACGUCAUAUUAUAUCCCACUCCUAACCCUCCACCCAGAUCAACGUUGGUGCUGAGGACAACAUUGAGAGUCCGAAGCAGCCCAAUAGACAGGAUGAAGCAUUCAAUAGGAGGGGCCUUGCGUGGCCAUGGUCGCAAUCGAUCAUCCUCCGAAGAUGUUCGUGACUCGGAGAACGAGGAUACCACAGUAGUCGAGGCCGAGCAGGGAAAUGGUAUGUGCCGUCAAGAGUUGUUACCGCAGAAUGCAGCCUGACCAGAAGCAGUGCUAUCACACAUCAUCUCCCAACUGCGGCCUGGGGCCGAUUUGUCUCGAGUCACCCUGCCGACGUUUAUCCUCGAAGAAAGAUCUAUGCUUGAAAGAAUCACAAAUUUCAUGGCUCACCCAGAUACCCUUCUACCCAUGCCGACGAUAGAUGACCCGAUCCAACGAUUUGUUGCGGUGGUCAAGUUUUACCUGAGUGGUUGGCACAUACGGCCACCGGGAGUCAAGAAACCUCUUAACCCAAUCUUGGGAGAAGUCUUUACUUGUUACUGGGAUUAUCCCGACAAUACGCGGGGUUACUACAUAUCGGAGCAGACUUCACACCAUCCGCCCAAAUCGUCCUACUUCUUCAUGGCCCCAGAACAUCAUAUUCGGGUGGACGGCACGCUGAAACCUCGAAGCAAAUUUCUGGGGAACUCGGCAGCAAGUAUGAUGGAGGGCAUAUCUUAUCUCAGAUUCACAAACAGAGGAAAGUCCAAAGGAGGAGAGAAGUAUAUCCUCACUCAACCCAAUAUGUACGCCCGGGGGAUUCUGUUUGGCAAGAUGAAGUACGAGUUAGGUGACCAUUCCUAUGUUCGCUGUCCCGAGAACAACCUAAUGGCAGACCUCGAGUUCAAAACCAAAGGAUGGGUUGGUGGCACGUAUAAUGCCAUUGGAGGUGUUAUCAAGCACGACAAAACAGGCGAAGUCCUUUUCGAGCUAUCUGGAUUGUGGUCUGGAGAAAUGUACAUCAAAGACGUCAAGUCUGGUCAGAAGAAAUUGCUUUUCGAUGCCACACACGCCAAACAUGCUCCUCCCCAGACGCGGCCAAUCGAAGAACAAGGUGAGCGUGAAUCGCAACGAUUAUGGCAAAGCACGGUCAAAGCUGUCCAUGCCGUGGAUCAUGAAACCGCCACGACGGAGAAAGCCAAGAUUGAAGACCGACAGAGAGAAGAAGCGAAACGAAGAGAGGAAAUGGGCGUCGAUUGGCAUCCCAAGCUUUUCCGACGGGUUCAUGCCGGUCCGGGAGGCCCGGAGGAAGGUGAAGAGGAUCUUGAAUGGGUCAUCAACGCUCAUCUAGAUACGCAUGACCCCAAGGAGCUCGAGGAGAAAAUUAUGUCGAUAGCUCCCAUUUUACCAGGACAAGGAUCAUUCGAACAACGAGAAUCGGUCAAGACUUCUCGAUCUACCGAGUUCCAUCGGCCCACCAGCAGUGGUGGCCCAAGCCAUAAAGAUGUUCCCAGUCAAGCUAAUGCCCAUGAAAAUCUCAUUGACUUUGACUCUCGACCAUCCAGUAAUGCUCCGCCAGUGCAAAAGGAUUCGGUAGCUCACAACCCAAUGCACCCAACGUCGGAUCCGCAGCAGACUCCUAUACAUCAGAGUACGAGUACUAACGCACCGAUCGGAAACCCCCCCAAGAGUGCCAAUCUCAUGGACGACGAUGGUGGAUUGAAUGAGAAAAUGUCGGGAAUGAAGAUGCAAGAAGCCAUGGUACCUCAGGGGGGUUCGAAGCCGCUGAAGAGAGCUGACACGGACACCAGCGAGGUGGAUGUCUUUGUCGAUGCCGAAGGUUGAAGUUACCUAGGUACUUGACUCGUUGAUGAAAAGGGUUUGGAGGGUUCAAUUUUCCUGCCAGCUUUUACGAUACCUACCUUACCUAAGUUAUACCGAGGGAAACGAGGCAUGGAAUACCCCAGGUGGAGGAAGAUUUCUUUUGGUUGUAGUUGACGAUGGACGUGAUGGCCUUCCUGUGCCACCGAAUGGAGUCCUUAUUUCAGAAUAGAAGCUGCAAUAUUUCUCUGUUGGUUUUACAGGGUAAACCCAGCAAGAGAAGCAGAAGGGAAAAUAAUAUAUCUUUGCAGCGUACUCCUUUAUCACUCUAUGCCGUGAUGACUUUUUGAGUUGGAAACAGGACUCGGCAACUAUACCGUGAGAUACGGAAGGAUAGUUAUAGUUUGAG